UGUAAUUUAAUAAGUUGGUUUGAUAAUGUUGACCAAAAAAGAACAACUUAAAUCUAAAAAUAAUAUCGCUACUACACAAGCAUGGACGUUGGAAGAUUCGCAGAAACCAUUAACAAAAUUUAAAAUUUUCUUGAAAUAUCUGAAGUUAUAUUGUCAGUAUUCAAGUAUAAGCAGCUUCAAGUAUCUUGUUGAUUCUAAAAAAACUUGGAUCGAAAGAAUUCUAUGGGUCAUAAUACAUUGCGUAACUAUAUGCACUUUGAUAUUUAUGGUUUGCAUUUCCUACACAGAGUAUAAAGAAUCGCCUAUAUUAACUUCCAUAGAUUCAGACAGUCAUCGCACAACCGAUUUAGAUUUUCCAGGAAUCGCUAUCUGUACCAUCAACAGGAUAAGUCGGCAAUCCGCAACGGAACUGGCGAACGACAUUUUAAAUGCAAACGUUACGGAUAUGCCAGUCGAAGAAGUCCUCACUCUGAUCAUGCAGUUAGGCAAUCACUACGCUUCCGAAUUCAGCAUGGAUGAAGAUCGUAACGUGGAGAUCGACCGACUUUUAACAGAAUAUUACAAAGGGCCUUAUGAUAUUACCGAAACAAUGAAAAAACUGUCGCCGCAAUGCUCGACGAUACUACUAAAAUGUAGACUGCACGGAACAGACAGAAACUGCUCGGCGCUUUUCUACUUUCGCAAGACGCAGGACGGAUUCUGUUGCACCUUCAAUUACGCGGCUGAAAGCGACGACAUUCCCGUAGACAACCCAGAUUCUGAUAAAGAGACAGAACAUUUUGAUGUGCACAAAGUAAUGGAUCUCGGAAUACAUCGCGGUCUAACGGUUGUGUUGGAGCCACAUUUGGAUGAUUAUCUCUAUCCGAUACUGCCUGUUAAGGGUUGGAAGGUGGUUGUGUUCAAUCCACAUGAUUAUCCGGAUGUAACUAGUGGUGGUGUUACGGAAGUAAUCGUGAUGCCCCGCACUGAGACAUAUGUGGACGUAACAGCGACAACCUUUUUUAGUACUGACGUCAUCCAAAGUUUUCCCAUACAUGAACGCAGUUGCAUUUUCGCAAAUGAGAUGGAUAUAAUGAAGACCGACAAAUACACUUACAGUGACUGCAUCGUCAACUGUAAAAUUCAAGACAUUCAAACUAUCUGCGGAUGCAGACCUUUCGUUUAUCCACGUCGCACCAAAAAAGAUAAUUCUUGGCGUAUUUGCACCAACCUGGAUUUAGACUGCCUUAGUAAAUACAAGCCUAAGUGGUGGACUGUUUUCCCUCACGAUAGUAACGAAGAAUUUCUUAAAAACCAAGAUUGGGCUUUACAUUGUCAUAAUUGUUAUCCCGCCUGCGAUGACGUUACUUACGAUGUACUGAGUUCGAAGAGUUAUAUGAUUCCCGGUAACUACAAAACCGACUUACUAUGGGACUUUAACGUUACGAAUCAGGGAAUACUACAUGUAUAUUUUUCAAAAUAUGGUUCAAUCAGAUUGAAACAAGAUGUGUCUUCUUACUGGUACGAACUCUUGAGCGAUAUCGGCGGUAUAUGUGGUGUCUUUAUCGGCUUCAGUCUCAUCAGCGUCGUGGAAUUGCUGUACUUCCUCGCGCUCGCGCUUCGCGAUCUGCUCCGCAAAGAAUCAACUGUGCAGGAGAGCGAAGAUCACGAGGAGGAAAUCCAACAAAUUCAAAGCCAAACUAUACGGACGAUCUAUUGGAGCGAGCUACUGCCGCGAUCUUGGCAGUCGGUGAAAUACGGCCAGUUUCCUAAUAAUAAGACUAGAUAUUGAUACAGCCGGGGAGCUAUCAUGGAACUAUUCGGCAAGGUUUCCGAUCAGAAUGAUUACAUUCUCCGUCAGUUGUCGCAUCAUGAAUAUUCGGAUAACAUUCGAAAUGAACAGAGCGCUUUCGAUAACUUGCAAACAAAUGAAAAAUCGAUUUCGAUCGAGACUAAAUCUCAGACGAAAAAAAUUAAAACGGGCCGGUUGUUUCAUUGUAUCAAACUGAAGCGAUUUCGGAAAAAAUCCACGAUUGCCCAGAGGCACAAAUGGAACAGCGAUCGAAAACUUGCUAGUCGGAAACUCAUGUUUCCGAUCGACAUUAUGAAUAGUUCCACGAAAGCUCCCGUAGUUACGAUAAGCAGAUGGUUUAAAAAGUUCUAAAAUUUUUAUCAUCAUUAAUUUUGCAGCAAGAACAAAAAAUUCUCUUCUUGCUUGUUAUUAUAAAGGUUUUUUGCAAAAAGUAAA